GGUUACACUUAAAGACGAUUUUAAUAUUGGAGUAUUGCACAAAAGCGAAACGAUGCCGUUCGUGGCCGCAAUAUUGUUGGGCCUACUCGGGUUGGCACAAGCCAAUCAUUUUACCAGUCAGCUCUUUACAAGCGUAGCCACAAAGGAAACUCGCGAUAACCUUGUCAUCUCUCCCACUAUAAUACGUGCGUCCUUAGCACUGCUCUAUGCAGGCGCCGAGGGCCGAACUGCAUCGGAGCUAAAGGAAAAAAUUGAAUUAAAUGGUAAAACCAAGGAUGCUGCACUGGCAGAGUUUAGGAAGCUACCUUACCGCAUACGAGCCCCGGGAAUAAAGAUGUUAACGGUUUUCAAGCUCUAUGUUGACGCAAGCUUCAAGAUUAAAUCCAGUUUUAAUGUCAUGGCAUCGAAGUUUCUAAGAACAACGAUUGGAAAAAUUAACUUCAAAAAUGUUAAGCUGGCAGCCAAGCACAUAAAUGCUUAUAUUGAGAGUUCCACACUUCAUAAAUUUAGGGACACAUUGAAUCCCGCUGAACUCAGCAGUGUGACACAGUCAUUCCUUAUCCAAGGGUUCUACUUCAGGGGAACUUUUGCAAAGCCCUUUUACCGAUUCAAGGAACGUAAGGAAUUCUUUUAUGAUCCUUUUAGUAGCGUUUCUGUUGCAACUUAUAUCAAAGAUGAUGUCUUGCCAUAUGGAAAAUUACCUCAACUAAUGUCAAGCGUCAUUGAAAUUCCAUAUAAAGACUCUCAGCUGAGCCUUGUCAUUAUAUUGCCAAUUGAACGCUCAUAUGAUCUUCAUCUGCAGGAGGAAUUGCUUAAAGAGAGUGGAUUUCCAUCAUUUAACCUUAAAAAAGCUCAAGUGCGCGUUCAGAUUCCUCGCUUUAAGAUCGAGUACGAAACCUACUUACGUGACGCAUUCGACAGCUUGGACAUGAGCAGAAUUUUUAAUAAUAAUGAAUUCUCUGAGCUGAGCAGUACACCUGGCUUAAGAAUAACCAAUAUAAAACAUAAGGGCCUCUUUGAAGUAAUUGAUGAAAGCGAUGAAUGUACACAAUGUAUUGAACCCUCAGCCAAUAACACCGAUGUACAACAUUAUUUCAUUGCUGGCCAUCCAUUUAUAUUUGCUGUUAAAGAUCAGACACAAAUUUAUUUCGUUGGUCGUGUUUUAAAGCCUCUAUUGACUUUAUGCACACUGGGGCUGGCCCUGGCGGAUCUUUUUUCCAGCCAAGUGUUUUCAAGCCUUGCAACUAAGGACAAUCGCGAUAACCUCGUCAUAUCUCCACCAACGAUACGUGCAUCCCUCGCUCUGCUCUACGCGGGCGCCGAGGACCAAACUGCUUCGGAACUAAAGGCAAGGUUGCGACUUCGUGGCCAUCCGAAGGACGUUGCCUUGUCGGAAUUUAAGCAACAGCCGCUCCGCAUACACACGUGGGAUGUCAAGCUGUUCACGAUCUAUAAACUCUAUGUGGACGUAAAGUACGCCAUUAAGCCAAGCUUCCAAAAUUUGGCUAUAACUUACCUGCAAACAUUAGCCGAGCACGUGAACUUCAGUCUUACCAAGCUAAUAGCCCACCACAUAAGUGUUUUUGUUGAGGUUAACACACUCCAUAAGCUCAAGGAUACGCUAAGUCCAGCUGAAAUCAGCAGUAUGACAAAAUCGUUGCUUGUUCAAGGGUUCUACUUUAGUGGAAAGUUUGCCAAGCCCUUUCACCGAUUUAAGGAAUACAAGCCAUUCUUUUUUGACCCUUUUCAUAGCGUUUCUGUUGCAACCUAUAUCAAGGAUGAUAACUUGUUUUAUGGAGAUGUGCCUCUGCUAAUGUCCAGGGCCAUUGAAAUACCAUAUAAGAAUUCUAAACUAAGCCUGCUGAUUAUAUUGCCAUAUGAGCGCACCUUUGAUCUUAAAAUGCAGGAGGAAUUUCUUAGAAAUAUUGACAUUCGAUUUCUAGACUCUCACUUCCAAAGCGUUGAUGUGCGCGUUCAGAUUCCACGCUUUAAGAUCGAGUACGAAACUUACCUGAAAGACGCACUGGGCGACAUAGGCAUCAGCAGAAUUUUCAAUAAUAAUGACUUAUCUGACCUUAGCAGUACGCCUGACCUGAGAGUAACAAAUAUAAAGCACAGGGGUCUAUUUGAGUUAAAUGAUGAUUGUGAAAAUUGUAUUGAGCCCGCAGCUAAUAACAGCGACAUACGCCAAUAUUUCAUUGUUGAUCAUCCAUUUUUAUUCGCUGUUAAGGACCAGACAAAGAUUUAUUUAGUUGGUCGUGUGUUGAAGCCUGUGUAAAGAGUAGUUAAAUGUAAUCAAAAAAAAUAUUCCUUAAUAAAAUAUUCAAGCACACUCCAAAUGCA